CCAAACAUAUUCACAAUCAGAUGAUUUGCUAAACCACAUUAGAUACAGCUAAUUUCCUAGUCCCAAUAAUGGCAACUCUUACUGCACUGCAGCCCACCAGUAGUGUCAAGGGCCUACCUGGAAGCUCCAUUGCUGGUAUUAAACUAAAUGUUAAAUCAUCUCGCCUCAAUUUGAAGCCAUCUAAAUCCAGGGCUGGUGCUGUGGUUGCAAAAUAUGGUGACAAGAGUGUAUACUUUGACUUGGAGGAUUUGGGCAACACAACUGGUCAGUGGGACUUGUAUGGAUCAGAUGCACCUUCACCCUACAACUCCCUUCAGAGCAAAUUCUUUGAGACAUUUGCUGCUCCUUUCACAAAGAGAGGUCUGUUGCUCAAGUUCUUGAUAUUGGGAGGUGGCUCAACUCUUGCUUACUUCAGUUCAACUGCAUCAGGGGAUAUCCUACCAAUCAAGAAAGGCCCCCAACUACCACCUAAGCUCGGGCCACGUGGCAAGAUCUAAUUGCUUCCCAAUCCAAAAUUUCUUGACCUUCAUUUUGUAAUUGAUGCAUCAUCUGUCACAGCUUGUAAGUGUAAAUUGAAGCUUACCUCAGACCUUUGUUACAGCAAGUUAAAUCCUUUGGCAAAGCAUUGCUUUCUGACUUUUGUAACUUAUGAUAUUUUUAUUGAUCUUUGCUUGGAUGUAAACAAUAAUUUGCCAAGAUAGUUCUCAGCAUGUCAAUUCAGUGCUUUAUAUUAGUUUUCAUCCAGUGA